CCCCGGAAGUGCCGGCCCAAAGAGGUGGAGUCCGGGCGGUGGCGGCGGCAGUGGCGGUUGCCAGGAUCCCGCGUUGCCGCCUGAGACCAGUAAUAUGGCGGGGAGGAGAAGGAGAAGGCGGCGGCGGACUGAGCUGCGCCCUGUCAGUACCAAUUGAGCCGUUUGCUUCCUGACAAGGCCCGUGGCGAGGGGGAAAAAAAAAGCUGACGAGGCCGUGGGAGAUCAGGUGGUGGACCCCUGAGCUUCGAGUCUCUAGAAAAGCGCCGAGUGUGAGGAGACAGGUGCCCGGGGACCAGCGACACGCGGCGCGGAGGUGAUGCUCGGAUGCUGGUGCUGCCUGGGCCCUCGGGAUGGAGCCCCAUCAAAGGAGCUGGGGGAGGUGGGCGUGGGGCCUUGGGGUCAAGGCAGAGGGUCCCUAGCAAACAAACUCGGGACAGAGCCGUAAUCGCCUCACGUUGAUAAAACUGGACCGUUUUUCUUCUCCCAAGAUACUGGCGAGGGAGCGUCCUCAGGGUGUGCACUGGACAUUCUGAAAGCCGGUUACCACAACCAAAGGCCCUAGGAGUGCUGUUUACUCUGCCUUUGCGACCCCGGGGAAUAAGCUUGAGGCUAAUAAAGCAAAUUCUCUUGAUUGCCUCUGAUACUGCUAGGUGAUUCCUAUUCUGCAGGGUUAUAAUCCCGGUUCCCUACCCCCAGUUUAGGCAAGUGACAGGCUAGAGAUUGAUUUGAUGGACAGGGGUCUGGAAACAACGAAAUGAGGACGGUGUUGUCCCCCUUUCUGUGUUUUAAAGUUACAUAUGAAUCCUACGAGGAACAAAGCACCGUCGCUACCCUCCCGAUAUUCAUAACCUAGUGACAAAAAUCAUAAUAAUCAUCAUCCUCUUAAUAAUAAAAGCAGUCACCUAUACUGGUCCUUUCAGCGUGUCCUGCAUUAUGCUAAUUGCCACACACGUUUUAGUUCACUGAAUUAUUGAGACAGAUACUCUGAUUAUCCCUGCGUUACAGAUGAGGAAAUUGAGGCAUAGAGAUGGUAAGUAAAUUGCCAAGAACACACAGCUAAUAUGUCCCUGAAUAAGAAACUUUCCUCUUUAUUGCCUAUACAAAAAGUUUGUCUUUGGGAGGACUAGGGGGUAUACGAGCAGCUAGCAUCCGAAAACACAGCAAGAUCUGUUCUGUUACUUGCACUAUCCCCUUUAGUGACAUUUCUGGUAGAACACUGGUAAGGAGCAUCCGUCUACGGGAUUUGCAAAGAGACUCAUUUGGAGAAGGGUCAUGGUAUAAAUGGAGAAGACAAGGCAUGUCUGAACUUGAUGCAGCUGAAAAUUGUUAAUUCAAGUGGACUGGUAAUGCCUGCUGGUAAACUGUGGGUCGUUAGAUUUGUGGUUGGAGUGGCAUUGUAGUCAAGGCUCUGUUCAAAAAAAAAACUUUGCUGACAGGUAAUUGUGUGAGAAAUGAAGUGCCUUCUUGCUAAUCAUAUAGGAUACAAUGCUCAUUUUUGAAAUGAUUGCCUUUGCAGUUGAGAGGUACCAGUUUCUUUGGAGAAUAGGAUCAUCCAUGAAACUACUAGUCUUUAAAUUCCAUUCUUCCUCGCUAGCUUCUUUUUUAUCUAGUUCACUCUCUCCUUUUUUUCUUCUCUCCUGGUUUGCAUUAUUGUUUGAACCAAUUACCCUAAUUCAUUUAUUCAUUACUUUUAUCAAGUGCCUACUGUGUGCUGACACUGUUCUAUGUAAUGGGGAUUCAGUGGUGAGCAAGACUGAAAAGGUACCUGUGCUUAUGGAGCUUACAUUUUGGUGGAGGAAGACAGACAAAACCCAAGGAGAUAAACAAGAUAAUUUCAGAUAGUGUGUAAUUGUGGGAAGAUGGAGGAGUAUGAGAAGUUCUGUGAGAAUAGUCUUGCUAGAGUCCAGCAGGCAUCACUGUCCACGGAGAGCUUUCUACCUGUCCCAUCUGAAAACAUCUCACUUAUCCGCUUCCAUGGAGUGGCAGUGCUUUCUCCACUGCUUACCAUUGAGAGAAGGAAGGAAAUGCAACAAGAAAAGCAGAAAGCCCUUGAUGUAGAAACAAGAAAGCAUGUAAAUAAGAAGAAAGAUUUACUGGCUCGUGUCCAGGAGAUUCUUGAAAAUGUUCAGGUUAGAAAAGCACCUAAUGCCGGUGAUUUUGAUCCAUGGGAGACUGAAACGGUUUACUCUAAUUCAGAAGAGAGAAACCUGAAUGUCCCUGCUAUGUUUCCAAAUAUCUUGCCAAGCCCUACUGAACACUCUACUUUAGGAAAGUCUGAAAAGAUAACUGGAAUUUUGCCACUGAAUAAUGAGGACCGAUUUAAAUUCAAUGGGAUAGACUUAGCUAGGGACUCAGAAGAAUUUAAUUCUCUGAAGCAGUGUGAUAUUUCAGAUAUUAGCCCUGCGGAAAACGAAGCCUCUGUAAAAACCCCCUCAGCAACCCCACAGGAGACUCUUACGUCUGAUGGUCUCUUGCCAACACAUGAAGAACCGGAUCCAUCACUUUCGGAAGUUACUCCAGAUCCCUACAUAAUGAGUCUUCAGAACCUGAUGAAAAAGUCAAAGGAAUAUAUAGAAAGAGAACAGUCUAGACGCAGUCUGAGAAGUAGUGCAAAGAGGAGUGUUAACGAGAGUCAUUCAGAUAAAGAGAAUGAUGCUGGUAAAGUGACUGACUUUGGAAAGGAAAAGGCACAGUUGACUGGCAAACACUGUGGUUCAGUUAUUCCUGACAAACCAAGCCUUAAUAAAUCAAAUGUUCUUCUCCAAGGUGCUUCCGCUCAAGCAAGCAGCAUGAAUACAUCAGUUUUAGGUAGCUUUUCUAAAGUGGACAUACCUGUACGAACUGGCCAUCACACUAUUUUAGAUCCUGAUUCUGAUUUUAAAGUCAUUCCCACUUUUGUUACCGAAAAUAAUGUUAUCAAAAGUCUUACUGGUUCAUAUGCCAAAUUACCUACUCCAGAGCCAAGCCUGAGUCCUAAAAUGCAUCGAAGGCAUUCUAGACCAUCAUCAGCAUGUCAUAUACUUAUAAAUAACCCAAUAAACGCCUGUGAGUUAAGUCCUAAAGGAAAAGAACAGACGAUAGACUUAGUUGUUGAAGAUACUGAGGAAAAAACACAAAUACCUGAAACUGUGCCAAAGUUACCAGUUGAUUUAGGAGUUUGUUCAAGCAAGGUUUAUGUCACCAAAAAUACAUCUGAAGCCAUACAGGAAGUGGUUUUAGGUAAAUCAAAUCAGGUAUGUCAGUCUUCAGGAAAUCACCUAGAAAAUAAGGUUAUUCAUGGACUUGAUGUCAUGGAAGGUCACUUAACAUGUGAUGGGAGAGGGCCACACAAAAUGGAUAGUACGUGUACUGCGAUGCCAAGAUCGCAUGAGCCGUAUGCCACCGGUCAGUGUGUAGUGAGUCAAAACUUUGGACCCAUGAGUGCACUCAAGUCAGCCAAUGUGUUAGAGAAAAACUCCUGCAAUUUACAGAUGGAACUGAAUAAGUCUUAUGAUGUAAAACACCCAUCUCCUUUACUGAUGCAAAACCAGAAUACCAGACAGCAGAUGGACACCCCUACAGUGUCCUGUGGAAAUGAACAAUUUUUGGAUAACAGUUUUGAGAAAGUUAAACGGAGACUUGAUUUAGAUAUUGAUAGUUUGCAAAAAGAAAACUGCCCUUUUGUCUUAACAACCGGAAUAACUGAACAGGAAAGGCAACAUUUGCCAGAAAAAAGAUACCCUAAGGGAUCUGUCUACAUCAACAAGAAUAAAAUGUUAGAAAGUAGUUCCAAAGAAGGCGAGGAGAUAUUAAAAAGCAAGAUGUUAGCUUUUGAAGAAAUGCGGAAGAGACUAGAAGAACAGCAUGCCCAGCAGUUAUCACUACUCAUAGCUGAGCAGGAAAGGGAACAGGAAAGAUUGCAAAAGGAAAUAGAAGAACAGGAGAAAAUGUUAAAAGAGAAGAAGGCAGCUGAAGCCUCUGAAUUGGGCAUUCACAGUGCAGUGGACUUAGAAUGGAGAAAAGUGAGUGACUCUGGUUUGCUGGAAACAAUGCUGUCUCAAGUGGACUCACUCCAUACUUCAAAUUCAAAUAGUUCUGGUUUCACGAACUCUGCCCUACAGCAUAGCUUUGGUUCUGCAAAUGAAGCACCCUUCUACCUCUGGGGAUCAUCAACUAGUGGCUUCACCAAACUCUCAGUAACAAGGGCUUUUGGAAGGGCCAAAACUAAAUGGUCUCAGGUUUUCAGUCCAGAAGUACAAACAAAAUUUAACAAAGUAACUGCAGUGGCAAAAGGAUUUCUAACUCGUAGGCUUAUGCAGACAGAUAAGCUAAAACAACUUCGCCAAACCGUAAAAGACACUAUGGAAUUCAUAAGAAGCUUUCAGUCAGAGGCACCAUUAAAGAGAGGAGUUGUCUCAGCACAAGAUGCUUCUCUUCAGGAAAGAGUGUUAGCUCAGUUGCGAGCUGCCCUGUAUGGUAUUCAUGACAUAUUCUUUGUAAUGGAUGCAGCUGAGAGAAUGUCUAUUCUCCAUCAUGACCGAGAAGUUCGCAAAGAGAAAAUGCUCAGGCAAAUGGACAGAAUGAAAAGCCCACGAGUGGCCCUGUCAGCUGCAACACAGAAGUCUCUCGAUAGGAAGAAGUACAUGAAAGCUGCUGAAAUGGGAAUGCCAAAUAAGAAAUUUCUGGUUAAACAAAAUCUUUCUGAAACAAGAGUCCUUCAGCCAAACCAAGGACAGAAUGCACCAGUUCAUAGGCUACUUAGUAGACAAGGAACCCCUAAGACAUCAGUGAAGGGGGUUGUGCAAAAUAGACAGAAGUCUUCACAGAGCAGAGUGCCUAACAGAGCGCCUGUUUCAGGAGCAUAUGCAGGAAAAACCCAAAGAAAGCGGCCAAAUGUUGCGACAAUUUAAGAAGACAACAUUCGUUAGGAUAACCAAGGGGUGGAUGGGAGGUUUCAUGCAUACGGUUUUCCCUGCCCAGGACUUUUUAUUUAAGCCUGGACUGUUUACACAGGCAAAGUGACAUCAAAGGGCUGAGCAAUUAUCUGGGCAACUUGAUCAGUCUGGUUAAUUCCUUCCCUACACCGUCAUUUUCCUCUCAAUGUUAGGCUUGGGUGAAGGCACAUUAGUAUUUAGCAAUUGACCAUCUCUUUGCUUAAACCUGUACAAACCUAAGUUUGUUUUCUGUAGCCAGAUGUCUGCAGAGAACGUUUUUGUAAACUUAAAGGGCAUUUGGAUUUAUUUCUAUAAAAUGUCAAAAAGGUGUGAUAAAUUACAAAUUAAGUUCUCAAAUAUAAAUUUCAUUCAUCUCUGCAUACUGAUUGCUAAAUUUGAUAAGUUAGAUACUGUUGUAUUUGAGGGGAAAUUACUGCAGAAGGAUGUUUUUCUCCUGGGUUAUGUAACUUUAAAAACUGAUUAAUCUCUCAGUCUUCAUAUUCUUGGAUUUAUGGGAUAACCACAUAGGAGAAAACACUCGCCUGCUGAUUGUGGUCCACCCCAACUUUACCGUAGAAGUGGUUGGGGGCCACUGCUUUGAUCAAAAGUACAUUCCUCUUAACAGCUAGUUGUCUUGUGCAGAUAUGCUAGGUUUAAUGUAUGUUACCCCAGUACUCUUGGAAACACUUCUCCUAAAUCAUAAAAUCUUUCUAUGGAGGGUAAAAAAUUAGGGGAGAUAGCACAAUCUUCUGGAAUGUAGUAGCACCUAGGAGUGAAUCAGUGCAUCCAUUUCUGUAAAAUAGAGUAACGCUGCAUGCGCUUCUGUUUUCUUGGUGGUCUGCGUCUUGUCUUUCUUCAUGGUCUGCUCUUUGUAGCUUGCUUGAUUUAGGAGAGACUAAAGGGCUAUAUAACAACAAGUUCAGAUUUGCAGAUGGAACAGGAAUAUUGUCAAGCUGAAGUUACGCAUUACUGAGGAGGCACUGUCGUUUAAGGUUUUCAUCACUGACAUAUUCAUUUAAAAUAUAAACCAAAAAAUGUUACCAAGGGAACAUGAUUUUAUGAAAGUGAAUGCCACUGUUAAUUUAUCAUACCAUUUCCAAAAAGGGCUUUGUGCUUCUCACAUAAAAUCGGGACUGUGUACAUUUACUCUUUCUAACUUGAAUUUUAAAAUGAUACUGGUAUUUUGAAAAUGCAGACUGUAUAUAUUCUUAAUAUCCUUUGAAGAAGGUGGAGAUAAAGAUUGUUUUCUCCAGUUUUCGGCCCUAUUUAAAAGUUAGCUAUUACAUCCAGCUGUAGACCGUAAUAAUCUACCCAGGGUGUAAACUUGAUUUUCUUUAUUGAGAUGUAUCAUUUGUUGAGUGAGUGAGCCAGGAAAUCAGAAGGCGGUCAAAAAUGUCUGAGUUACUGAUAUAUUCUUUAUAAAGUAUAGCAAAAUAUCUUAAUAUGAUAAAUUGUGCUUUAUCAUUCUGAAAACUCAGGAUACAGCUUACUCAUAUCAUUGUGGGUCUUUCCAGAAAGACAGAUACUUCCAAAUUUUGUGUGCACUAAUGCAAAUUAGCUAAAAAAAAAAUAGUUUUGGAGAAAGUUAAAACUAGCUUUAGAUUAAGGUUGACAAACUUGAGUGUUGUUUUUUUUAAAGAUAAAAGCCUGUGUGUUUUACACAUAUUUUAAUGUUCACAGCUUUUCCUCAUAAAAGUGCCAGACAUCGUUUUGUGCUUUUGAUGGAUUUUUAAUUUAUAUACAUUAUUUUUGUUACUUUUACUUUGAGUGGAAUGCCCAUUAAUGUAAAUUGUAUUUAUUUUUAUACUUUAAUUUUCACUAGUUUUGCUUCUAGGCAGAAGGCAAAAUAAACUUUUCAUCUUAAAAGAAA